CCCGACCCGCCUUCCGCGCCGGGCCGCCCUUCGGUCUGCAGGCCGGCUGCGCCGAGGCCGGCCCUCCUCACUGAAUGGCCGCCCGGCCAGCGCUCCCUGGACGGCCCCGGCUGGAGCGACGGGCACCAACGGCGCCUCGAGGAUGGAAACGGCCAAAGGCAGCUGUGGUGAUGUCAGUGUGGCUGUGGGUAGCAUGACCCCUCCUUGCUUAGGGACUUCUCUAUCCAGGCUGGGCUUCUGAAGAGGGAAGAUGACUGAGGUCUGCCAGGACAGCUCUAGCAGCUUGCAGAGAAAGAAGCCUCCUUGGCUGAAACUGGACAUUCCAGCUGCCCCGUUCUUGGCUGCAGCAGAGGAACCAGCCUCACUUCAGCCCUUGAAGCGCCAGGCCUUCCUCCGAAGCGUCAGCAUGCCUGCUGAGAACAGCCUCUUUCCUGCUGCCUACAGCGAGACCCGGCGGCCUGUCCUGCAGCGACAGACGUCCAUCACCCAGACCAUCUGGAGCAGACAGGUGCACUUUGAGAAAACCCAGACGCUGCCCAUUCGGGGGCACCAGGUGGGCAGGAGGCACCUGAGAAAGCGCCAGUCACUGCCCAGAACACUGUUCAGGGGCACAGCAGACUGGUUUGGGGUCAGCAAGGAGAGCGAUGCCACCCAGAAGUGGCAACGGAAGAGCCUGCGCCACUGCAGCCUGCGCUACGGAAAGCUGAAACCUCAGGCCCUCCGCGAAAUGGACCUUCCGAGCCAGGACAACAUCUCUCUGGCCAGCACGGAGACCCCACCACCACUCUAUCUGCCCCCCUGCCCACCUGGCAUGCAGAGAAUAAUCGACCCCCUGGCCCGUGGACGGGCCUUCCGAGUGGUGGAGGAUUGCGAUGGCUGCAAUGUGCCCCCCACCCCAGCCACGCCCGGAGCCGCCUCGUUGUGCUCUUUCACUAGCUCACGCUCUGGCUUCGGUCGUUGGCCUCGGCGGCGGAAAAGGGAGUCUGUGGCUAAGAUGAGCUUCCGAGCAGCAGCAGCGCUAGUGAAGGGCCGUUCCAUGAGAGAUGGUACCCUGCGUCGGACAGGACAGCGCAGCUUCACUCCGGCCAGCUUCCUGGAGGAAGACUUCACCACAGAGUUCCCAGAUGAGCUGGACACCUCCUUCUUUGCCAGGGAAGGAGUCCUCCCAGAAGAGCCCUCCACAUAUCCCGAUGAAGUUUUUGAGUCCCCCUCUGAAGCAGCCCUCAGGGUCCCCGAGGCGAAGACCCUGCAGGGUCAGCCAACCCUCACAGGGGGGGCUCUGGACCGGAGCGAACUAGAGAGAAGCCACCUGCUCUUCCCCCUGGAGCGUGGCUGGCGGAAACAGAAAGAGGGGGCUUCCGUGCAGCCGAAGGUCCGUCUGCGGCAGGAGGUGGUCAGCCUGGGCCUCCAGCGGCGUGGCCAGCGCAUCACCAUCCCUGUCCGCAAACUCUUUUCCAAAGAGAAGCGUCCCUACGGCUUGGGCAUAGUAGGCCGGCUGACCAACCGGACGUACCGCAAGCGCAUUGAUAGCUUUGUGAAGCAGCAGAUUGAGGACAUGGAUGACCACCGGCCAUUCUUCACCUACUGGGUCACCUUCGUGCAUUCACUCAUCACCAUCCUGGCUGUGUCCAUCUAUGGGAUUGCUCCUGUGGGGUUUUCGCAACAUGAGACGGUGGACUCGGUCCUGAAAAACCGGGGGAUAUACGAGAACGUGAAAUAUGUCCAACAAGAGAAUUUUUGGAUAGGGCCCAGCUCGGAAGCUCUCAUCCAUCUGGGAGCAAAGUUCGCCCCUUGCAUGCGACAGGAUCAGCAGGUGCACAGCUUCAUCAGCACGGCCCGGGAGAAGGAGAAACACUCUGCCUGCUGUGUGCGCAACGACAAAUCAGGCUGUGUGCAGACGGCCGAGGAGGAGUGCUCCUCCACUUUGGCUGUGUGGGUGAAGUGGCCAAGUCAUCCCAGCACCCCCUUGCUGGUUGGGGGCAAGAGGAAGUUUGGCUCUGUGUGCCACCAAGACCCCAGGGUGUGUGAGCAGCCGGCAUCCAUGGAUCCUCAUGAGUGGCCUGAUGACAUCACCAAGUGGCCUAUCUGCACCAACAACAGUGCUGGAAACCACACCAACCACCUGCACAUGGACUGUGUGAUCACUGGACGGCCCUGCUGUAUUGGCACCAAGGGAAGGUGUGAGAUCACCUCACGGGAAUACUGCACCUUCAUGCAUGGUUACUUCCACGAAGAGGCCACCCUCUGCUCCCAGGUGCACUGCAUGGAUGAUGUCUGCGGCCUUCUCCCCUUCCUCAACCCCGAAGUGCCAGAUCAGGUCUACCGCCUGUGGCUGUCGCUGUUCCUUCAUGCAGGGAUCCUGCACUGCCUUGUGUCUGUAUGCUUCCAGAUGACCAUCUUGCGUGACUUGGAGAAGCUGGCUGGUUGGCAUCGCAUCUCCCUGAUCUACUUGUUUAGCGGCAUCACAGGCAACCUAGCCAGCGCUAUCUUCCUCCCCUAUCGGGCCGAGGUUGGCCCAGCAGGCUCCCAGUUUGGCAUCUUGGCCUGCCUCUUUGUGGAGCUCUUCCAGAGUUGGCAGAUCCUGGCUCGGCCUUGGAGGGCCUUCUUCAAACUACUGGCGAUUGUGCUGUUCCUGUUUGCCUUUGGCCUCCUCCCCUGGAUAGACAACUUUGCUCACAUCUGUGGCUUUAUCAGUGGCCUCUUCCUGUCCUUCGCCUUCCUCCCAUACAUCAGCUUUGGCAAAUUUGACCUGUACCGAAAGCGGUGUCAGAUCAUCGUUUUCCAGUCAGUCUUUGUGGGGCUCCUCUCUGGACUGGUGGUGCUGUUUUACUUUUACCCCAUUCGCUGCCAGUGGUGUGAGGUCCUCACCUGCCUCCCCUUCACUGACAAGUUCUGUGAAAAGUAUGACCUGGAUGCGCAGCUCCACUGAGCGGGGAGGGGUGCAAUCACUGGCUGCCUUGGGCAAAGCUGGCCUGGUGCUACUUACCAGACUGCCAGCCAACUUAAAAUUCCUGCUUCUCCCUGUGCUGCCUUAUCUUGGCAACUGGAACUUUUUCAGCACACAGAAAGUUGGUGCCUUGUUCAAUUUUACUGAACCUUUUCUGCUGCCAUGCUUUUAUUAUGCUAGUUUCAAAGCGACUCUUUUCAUGAAGUUUGUUAUUGUUACCCUGGUGGUGAUUAAAAGUGAAGGUAGCGUUUUAGCUACAUUUCCA